AUGAAAUAUUUUUUCUUAAUUUGGUUUGUUUAUUUGACUCUCGGAAAUUCAAUAGUCGGAAAAAAAGCUUCAGAAUAGUUCUUCCCACUAAUUAUGGAUUGGCUCAAAAAAUAAGAAUAGAAGAUUGACUAAGCUUUGGCUUUCAGUGCAAUAACUGAAAUUAUUUAACAAACUGAUGAAGAACUAUUGUAAAUCAAUGAAAAUUCGGAGUUUGUUAAUUCAUUUCAAUAAUAAGUAUUCUGUUAGAGUAACAUUAUCAAGAUAUUGAAAUAUUGCAAAGUGAAACAGGAUUUUGAACAUGAUAGGAUAGGGAAUAUAGACAAAUUCAUACAAGAUGAACUCAAACACAACUCCAACUAUUUCAAAAUUAUGAUCAAAGACAAAGAAAAAAUGAUAGAUUAGGAUAAUAAAGAAUUGGAAAAAGUCAAAAAAUCCAUCAAAGAUCACACCAAAAUGAAAGAUAAAUUAAAUGAUAUUCUGGAAUUAAUCCAAGAAAUCGAUAUAAGCUUACAAAUAGGAACUGCCGAAAAGUUAUAUAAAAUAUUAGAAAUUAUUGAAUCAAAAGCAGUUAUCGGGUUGUUUAAACAACAAUCUGAAGAAAUAUAACUUUAUUUAACACAUGUUGAUUAACUUUUCAAAACCAAAAAUUUUCAAUAAGACUAAUUUGAAAUAAUUAAUCUGAUUUCGAUGAUUAAGAAUAUCUUAUUGGACAUGAAAUUUAACAUACAACUGAAAAUGUAGGAGGACGAUAUGGCAACUCUUGAAACAAUAAGGUUCUUUGAAAAUACCAAAAUUACUCAUCAAAUAGCACUGGAUUAUUUUAAGGGUGAAUCCAAUCAAUUCUUAGGAAUCAUAGGUAAUUUAAUGAAAAUAUGGGAAUAGUCUUUUGAUAAUUAAAAUGAGAUAUACAAGGAUAACAUAUAAUUUUGUUAGAUAAUUGAAAAAUUAUCCUAAGAAAUGAAUAAAGUUGAUUCUCUUAAUUCUACACCAUAAUUUACAAAAUACUCUCUAAAAAAGACAGAAGUCUAAUUCUUAAAGCAAUAAAAUUGA